AUGAAGACACCAUUGCGGAUAGCGAUUCUCCAGUGCGAUACCCCGCCGCCAGACGUGGUCGCCCUGUAUGGAGCGUAUGACCGCAUCUUCAGCACGCUGCUUGAGAAGGCCGCUGAGGGCCUCGGCUUAGAUCCGAAGAGAGAUCUGGAGUUGAGUGCGUUUGAAGUUGUGACCAAGCAGGAGUAUCCGAAUGUGGAGGAUAUCGAUGCGGUGCUCAUUAGUGGAUCGAAACACAACUCCUUCGACAACGAGCCUUGGAUCUUGAAGCUCGUCUCCUUCACAGAGAAGUUGUUGGAGCAGGACCGUGUGCGCAUCAUAGGAGUAUGUUUUGGGCACCAGAUCCUCGGAAGGGCUAUGGGCGUCAAGGUCGGUCGCAGCGACAACGGGUGGGAGAUCUCGGUGCUGCCUGUUGAGCUUACAGCGAAGGGCAAGGAGGUUUUUCAGCAAGACACCCUGGCGAUUCAUCAGAUGCACAAAGACAUUGUGUUCGAGUACCCAGAAGGCGUGGAGAAGCUCGGCGCAUCACCGCGCUGCUUGACGCAGGGCAUGUACCAAAAAGGCAGAUUGAUCUCGGUGCAAGGGCAUCCGGAGUUCCAUGAGGGAAUUGUGAGCCGACUCGUCAAGAUGAGGGCCGAGCAGGGUAUCUUUGAGGACGAGCAGGCGAGGGAUGCGCUGAGCAGGGUGGGGGAUAGGCACGACGGCGUUAUCAUCGCGCAGGCAUUCUUGAGGUUCCUGCUGGAGGACUGAGCUGUACACUGAGCUGCAUUGCUGCAAUUGGGCUUGUGCAGAAAGUUCAAGAACCACACACGUGACGUCCGAGGCUUACGAGACCAGGACAGAUGUCGGAGUGUGAGGUCAUGGCAGGACCGGACCCCAGCUGCUUAGCAUAACGAAACACUAUCAAGGCACUACAACAUGCACUUUUUUCGGGUGGGGAGACGGAAGUACUGCAGAAAGCGGCAUAGGCCAAGAAGCACCGGAGGACCCUUUGUGUUACCAGGCUGUCGUCCCUCGUG